AUGCCUCACACUGCCAGGUUCCACUCCGGCAUCAUCUGGGGGCUGCUCUUUGAAUGGUGCGCCCUCUUUCACCCUGCGGUCGCUCCCGGGCUUCAGGAAGAUGGACCUAUGACGGAACGGUUGCGCUCGUCAGCCUCUUUAGGGGAUGGCAUGUCGCGGCUGCGCGGGCAGCAGCAGCCGACUACACCCACUCGUGUCAGUGCAGAUUCUUGUCUUAAAUGCGAUGUGAAACCUGAAUGCAUCGAUGAUGAUGUUGGGGUUUUUUCCCCGGAGACCCGGGCUUUGAUCAAGGGUCUUGGUGACAGUCCAGAGUCUUUGCAACUCAAAGCGGAAAUUCUCAAUGCUGAGCAGGAACUAGAGGUGGAAAUAGAGUUGAAACGUGAAAAACGCAUGAGAGAACUGGAAGAAGAAAUCAAAGAGGAGGUGGAUGCAAAGCAAGCCAAGCUAGCCAGUUUGGAUGCUCAGUUGUCAGAACGGAUGUUUCUGGUUAGUGAGGAACAGACCCUGUUGGAUGAUCUCAAACAAAAAGCACAUGAAAUGCAGUGUAAGUUGGAUGAGGAGUCCCGCAAGUCCAUGAAUGCCAUGGGUCGUGAGCCCCCGACGCAUGCUGUCUUUCCAGUCCCAUGUACCAGGGUCUCAGACCCCAAAAGUGCCAUGAAAGAGAAACUCAGGGAGAAACUUGAAGAAACUCAGAAAAAGAAUCAGGUGGUGCAAAACGAGAUCAUCUUCUUCGAGAUUUUGUCUGCAGCCAAGUUGCAAGCGCUGGUGACUUUGCGCAACAGUGCCAGGUCCUGGCGCCGCAAUUUGCAGGGGUACUCGUGGCACACUGAAGAAGAGCUGAAGAGCACACUGGGUUGGGCAGAGGCAAAAAUCGAAGGGGCGGUGAAGUAUUGCACCAAAAGGAAGAUGACAAAGAAAUGCCUCUAUGACGACAAGGCUGUGAAGUACCUUGUCAUGGUUCGAGACGAUGUGGAGGCUGGUGACGAGAAGCUGAAGGAGUUGGAGCAGGAGAUGAAGGACUGGGGUCUGUUUGAUACAGAUUUUUGCCUUGGGGACGUCUUCGAGGACGAGGAAGACACCCCAGGCAAUAGUGACUCCAAACCAAAAAAACGUAUCGGAGACUGGCCGUCCGUAGAGGGCGAAGAGAGUGUCGUGGAAUACGUUGGAGCCUACAAAAAAGCAUGCCUUUCAAAGAAGGCCCUCAUAAAGAACACCAAAGACAGGUUAGAGAGGGACCAAAGCAAGGGUCACGAGAAAGACCUCGAAAAUCUAGAGAAGAGUGCAGGCUGCUUGGCCCAGACAGUCCUCAUUGGGUUCGAAAUUCCGAAGCUUUCCCGCUGCUUGAAUCCUGCCCAGCGGCUCAGGCAAGCUGAAUCAGCUCUACCAGGAGCUGGGUGCGAUCGAAAUUGGAGCCCAGGGCCGGGAGAAACUUGUGCUGCACCAACCAAUGGCCAGGUUGAUUGA